UCUCACUCAGUGCAAUUUUACAGCAGAUUAUACUGACCACACUGUGCACAACAUGGCAUACAGAUGGUUCUUCCUGGUGCUUUAUGUUAGUUCCACUUGGAAUCAAUAUGCAACCUGUUCGAAGUGUGCACAUGGAUACACACUGCAUGAAAAUGGGACAUGUGUUGAUGAGGAUGAGUGCCUGGCUAUCCCAUGUGGCCCCUUUGAAGUUUGCAAAAACACAGAAGGAAGCUUUCACUGUAACUGCAAUGAAGGAUUUGAUGUGAUAUCCAAUCAGAAGCUCAAUAACGAGACAGUAACCUUCUGUAUAGAUGCAAACGAGUGUCUCUCUAGCCCAUGUGGGCCCAAUGCUGUCUGCCACAACACUCAGGGAAGUUUCUACUGCACUUGUAGUAAAGGAUUUUACUCAAAUUCUGGAAAUUACAAAUUUGCUGGCUUCACUGAGUCCUACUGUAGAGAUAAGGAUGAAUGUCUUUCUAAUCCCUGUGGGGACAAUGCCAUCUGUCACAACACCGAUGGAAGCUUUUACUGCGUUUGUGAUGAAGGAUUUUAUGCUGAAUCUGGUGAUCACAUGUUCACAGAUCCGUCUCAGUCUAGCUGUAAAGAUUACAACGAAUGUUACACCAGUCCAAUGAUUUGUGGCAAACACGCCAGCUGUUACAACACCAAGGGAAGCUUUUACUGUCUCUGUCAGACAGGGUUCAUUCAGCCAUCUGGAGAAAGAAAUUUUACCGGCUACGGGAGUCGAUGUGAAGAUGUUGACGAAUGCCUUUUGAAACCAUGUGGCUCCAAUGCAACCUGCUACAACACGGUGGGAAAUUAUACCUGUAUCUGCAACCCUGGCUUCAUUUCACCAUCAGGAGGCAGUAGACUGCAGCACGGAGAUGUUUGCAUUGAUGUUGACGAAUGCCUUUUGAAACCAUGUGGCUCCAAUGCAACCUGCUACAACACGGUGGGAAAUUAUACCUGUAUCUGCAACCCUGGCUUCAUUUCAUCAUCAGGAGGCAGUAGACUGCAGCAAGGAGAUGUUUGCAUUGAUGUUGACGAAUGCCCUUUGAAACCAUGUGGCUCCAAUGCAACCUGCUACAACACGGUGGGAAAUUAUACCUGCAUCUGCAACCCUGGCUUCAUUUCACCAUCAGGAGGUAGUAGAUUGCAGCACGGAGAUAUUUGCAUUGAAUUUGAGUGUCCAGCUGCUGUUGCUCACAAGUGUUCACCUGUAACAGUGGAUAUGGGAUCGGUAGAGGUGGAUGAUUCCAGACCUGACACAAGGCAGGAAGCAGUUGAUCCAGUUUGCAGGAUCGUAAACAUUCUGCAUAACCACAAUGUGUGUGAAAUGUUACACAACAACGAGAGCUUUGACCCUGAGCAGCAUCUCCAGAGUAUCUCAAAGUUCACAAACCAGCUCCUAGGAAACAAUUCACUAUUGGAGAAUAUGGAAUCUCGUGCAAGACAGGAAAUGCUGGCCUUAUCUCUGCAGUUGCUAGAGAAGUCAGUGAUGGCUGUGGCAUUCACACUGAUGGAUCAUGAAAAGAAGAACAUGUCCUUCAGCAACAUAGAAGUUGAAAUGGAAGUUCUGCGGAAUCGCAAUGUUUCAGCUGCAGAAACGGUGACGCUGUCAGCAAAGGGGAACCAGCUGGACAUUCACUGGCGGUCAGUCACUGACAGAGAAGACCCUGAUGUUGUCGGUGUAGCUUUAAUUGCCUUCUCCCAGAUGGAUGUUGUGUUGAAUCAUGGAGAGGAACUGCUGAUUAACUCACACGUCCUGACUGCAACAUCAACCCAUCAGAGCGAUCAGGAACUGGACCAACCUAUCAACAUUACCUUCCAGAACAAAAAGGCGAAGGAACCCCAAGUUCAAGUGCUGUGUAUCACCUUAAACCACACAGUGGGUGAGAGCCACUGGUCACGUCAAGACUGCACUCUGUUGAAGGCUAACACAACACACACCAUGUGCCAGUGUAAACGCCUCGCCAGCUUUGCUGUGUUGAUGGCCCUCUACGAAAUCCAGGAUCCCUGGCACCUUCUGAACCUCAACCUGAUUUCAUACAUUGGAAUCAGUAUCUCACUGGUGUGCCUUUUCAUUUCAUUUGUCACCUUCUUGGUGUGUCGGGCAAUUCAAGGCACUCGGACUACCAUCCACACCCACUUGUGCCUGUGCUUAUUCCUGGCAGAACUCCUGUUCCUCGUUGGCAUUUCUCAGACCAGUAACAAGGUUGUUUGUGCGAUCAUCGCUGGGUUUCUGCAUUACCUCUUCCUGACUGUGUUCGCCUGGAUGUGUCUGGAAGGCAUCCAGCUCUACCUCAUGGUGGUGAAGGUUUUCCACACAGGUUGCCUGGGGAAACGCCACAUGUUUCCAGUUGGCUAUGGCCUUCCACUUCUCAUCGUUGGAAUCUCGGCUGCUGUGGUCAGGAAGGGCUAUGGGACAUCCGAACAUUGCUGGCUCUCUCUGGAAGACCACUUCCUAUGGAGCUUCCUGGGGCCGGUGUGUGCCAUUAUCCUGAUCAACAUCGUGUUUUAUUGCAUAACUCUGGGUAAACUGGCAAAGAGGAUGUCAACUCUGAAGAAAGAUAAGCCUGCACUGAAGAAGAUUAGAUCAUUCACCCUGGCAGCAUUCGCUCAGCUGAUCCUCCUGGGAUGCACGUGGAUAUUUGGGAUUUUCCAAUUUCGAAAGGAAACGAUUGUCAUGGCUUAUAUAUUCACCAUUAUCAACAGCUUUCAAGGAAUGUUCAUCUUUAUCCUGCAUUGCCUCCUGAACAAACAGGUGAGGGAGGAAUACCAGAAAUGUUUCUGCGGAAACCUCAGCCUAAAGGGCCUGUGGUACUCGGAGUUUGCAGCCAGUUCCACUGUGCCAAUGACCAGUUUGCAACAGAGGCGCCUCUCCACCCAGCAGAAGCCAAUCAACAGCCUUGCCACAGAGAGUUAAACUGACCAUCUUCUGCCAGAACAGGACAUUGUGAUCAUUGUGUGAAUGGAGGAAUCUGCGCAGACCGCCGGAAACAGCCAGAGACUUUGUUUUAUGUUUGUUCCUAAUGGCCAGGAACAUUGCAGACACACUCUCGACUCAAUUCUGGGCUUUCUGGAUGAACUGCAGGAUGUCUUGAGGCAGUUUUGAAUGAUAGGAAGAUGUUGGUUCAAACUCGGAGAUAUUUUCACUGUGCCUUAAAGUACUUCCCUCGAGGACAUUCUGCUGCUCUUUCUCUGCGUCACAGACAGUUAAAUGUUGUACUGUAACAGUUCAAGACUAACAGGACGUUAAUGGCUCUUCCAAAAAAUCAACAACACCUAAUUGUUUGAACCUAGCAAGUUCUGUGCUGUUGAAGGCUGCUUUACCAAUGUUGUCCUGACCUUUUGUGUUUAGUUUCUGGCACUGCUUAUUGCAACUUUUCAUCCACAGCUGAACCAGUACAAUGUGCUCUGGCCAUUGUGGGGAUCAGCUAGUUUCUUUGCAGUGAUGACAAUACCUGGAGGUUAAUCAAAGUGAUCUGCUCAUGCCAGUAUCUAGUGCUGGAAGGUCAAGGGCAAAUCUGGCCCAGUCCUCAGGAGGUAGUCUCCCCGACAGAUUGGACAUAAGGAGUGCUCAGAUUUGACAAUGACAUUCUAACCCAUCUCUGGAAGUUCUCUCCUCCUUAUGGAGCUGCAGCUGGACACCUCCAGCCAUGCACAAACAAAAUGGGUCCAUGAUCCUUGUGUAAAUGUGUUCAAAGCCCACACUAGUUGAAUUAAUAAAACUGAUUAAA